AUGCCUGGUACCGCUCCACUGCUCACACAACAAGGCCUCACCCAGAUUGGUCUCGCCGCCGGUUCCCAGAUCAUACCGGGUAUGCAGGCACAACAUCACUUUCAAGCCCUUCAAGCGCUCGCCGCUCAACAGCAACACAUGCAAGCUGAAUUCCAAUGUUCCCCUCCAUCGAGCACGAACGGCGAUGCGGCGUUUGCCAUUCAAAAUGGUGCAUAUCCGAUAAUCAGCAUGGAACAGCAUAAUAAUGUGGCGCUGCAGCAAUUGGCGCAACUACACCAACAGGCUGCGGUCAUGCCGCUCGUCACCCCAAAAGAGGUGCUCGGUCCCGAAGGCUGCAACCUAUUCAUCUACCAUCUGCCUCAAGAGUUCGGCGAUGCCGAACUCAUACAGAUGUUCGCGCCAUUCGGCAAUGUGAUUUCGGCCAAGGUAUUUGUGGACCGAGCCACCAACCAGAGCAAAUGCUUCGGAUUCGUGUCGUACGAUUCGUUGGCGGCUUCACAGGCCGCAAUUGCGGCGAUGAACGGCUUCCAGAUCGGCAUGAAACGCCUCAAGGUUCAAUUGAAACGACCGCGUCACGAUCGUCCAUACUAG